AUGGAAUCACUCGACAAAAGACAUGAAAUUGUCAAGAGAUCGGAAAUCAUAUGCGAAAUGAAGGGCAUUAUUGCGGAUAAUCCAGAUCUUCUUAAAAUCACAUGGUUGCGUGAGACUCUUACUACGCGAUUGAAAGCAGUGGAGAACGAGGUUCGACGAUCUGCCGCAGAUGACAUGCGCAGAGGACUUAUAAGCUUGAAUGCUUCGCUAGUGGCAUCUGCCAUCAGAGCAUUGACCAAUCUGGGCGUUCUUGAAGCCGAGCUAGAGGUGCAGCUAUCAGCAUCGGCUACUGAGAUAGAUGCAAAGAUUGUAGAGCUAUCUUCGAACCCUGAAAAUAGUGCUCGGCUUCUCCCGCAAUACAUCAACCACAUCCACUCCCAGCUUGAGCAAUGCGCAUUAUUAGGUAAGCCUCAACUUAUGAAGUUUGUUGAAAAAUUAGCUCGAAUUAUUAGAGCUCGGGUUCCAUUGGAUGCUCCCUUCUCGUUGAGAUUUGUGCAGCAAAUGAGCCGUGUGCUCAAUUCUCGACCCGAAUGUUCUGCACCGUUAUUCGAAUCACUCCGCCCAUUAAAGAACUCCAUACUUAGUCAUUCCUUGGCACGACUACAUCAGAUUGUGGAGCAGCAUGACUUUGCCACCGUUCAGAACAGCGUCUUCGUUGAUAUGCAGCAUGACUUCGCCACCGUACAGAAUAGUGUCUUCGUUGAUAUGGUUUGUGGUCUCGGAGAAGUUUUGGAAAUAUUCUGUAUUGAAUUGGUAUCUGCUAUCCAAGAAGAAAUGAAGCGCCUAGAAUGGGACAUGGAACUGCGCGCGGAGAUGCAGAGAAAUGCGCAGAAAUGCUUGGACAUGGUAGCGAAACGACUUGAAUCUGAAGUCAAACUUGACUCAGAAAAUUUGCUUCUUGGUCAGCGAUGUUUUCGAAAGUUUCAUCUUCAAAAUGGUGAUCGUCUGAGAAGUGACCAACUGAAGAAUUAUCGUCUACUCGAAAUUGCGAAUAAUCUUGCUGUGAAAUUCCCAGCACAAGCGAAAUCGCUGCUCUCAUUCGAACAAGAGUCUCUCUCUCAGAUCAUGGAGGCUAUUCAUGGAAGCAUUUCCACAAUCAUCACAACUAUGCACCGAGAUAUGAAAGGUGGUAAGGCUGUGUCGCCUUAUAUGCAGGAGCUCAUAGCCUAUAUCGGACGCAUUGCCUUUCAUUUUUCUCAUUUUCCUGCCACAAUUCGACAUACUUCUGCACUGUCAUCAAUCUCUGACUACAUAAUUCAUCUUUUCAUUGUGAAUGCGACCUUGGUCAGACCACUGACAGACUCAGUUCGCGAGCAACUACUCAAUGAUCUGGAAAAGUGA